AAACAAGCUGUCAGUGUCAUUCCUUGAAACAAAGCGAGCGCGUCAUUGUGCGUAUUGAUUGAAACAUUUUCAGCAUUUAUCUUUCGAUUAGUGUUAUUUUUAUAUUACAAACGUACUACCUCGUAUAUAGUUGUUAAAUAAUGGAUAUUUAAAGUAAGACAAAUUCAACUAACGACAUGGUUGUUUCACCACAAACCCCCGACAACGAAACCCAAACCGUACAAGCAAAAAGAAACAACAUGGCGUCUAAACAGUCGUCAGUGGCUGACACAAGAGCGGAAUUGGCGGAAUUAGUCAAAAGAAAGGCCGAAGUGGCUGAGACUCUGGCUAACUUGGAACGCCAAAUAUAUGCCUUUGAAGGCUCAUAUUUAGAAGAUACUCAGCUUUAUGGAAAUAUUAUAAGAGGGUGGGACAGAUACCUGACCACUAACAAAAGCACAAAUUCCAAGGCAGAUAAACGUAACAGAAAGUUCAAAGAGGCUGAACGUUUAUUUUCCAAAUCCAGUAUUACGUCAAUGGCUGCUGUUAGUGGUCUUGUGGAUCCUGCUGAAGCUAAAAAUGAAAGAAACAGUGAGACUGAAUCUCAAACAAAUGAAGACUCAUCAGAUACACAAAUCAGCUCUGGACUCAAUGUUAGCAGUCUGAACCAUACCACCAUACAUGGUUCUACUGAGAGUAUAGCGUCCAAGCCUUCUGGAAAACAGCAUACAAAUGGUGGUAUUGAAAAAGUUAUAAACCAUUCCCAAACAAAACAAAGUUUGACUCAAAAGAUAGCUACCUCUUCAGGUAUGCUACAAAAAGCUUUUGGCAGUGACAGCAAAAUGUUGUCAGCUGUAGGCCUAGACAGCAGACCUAGCACUCCCAAGGACAAGGACUCAAGUAUGAGUUUGAUGAACAAAGGAGAUAUGAUACCAAACUCUCUAAAACACAAAAUGUCUACCAGUAGUACAAGUAAUAGUAAUAGUAUGAAGAAAAAUAACAAUAAGAAAGCAAGACAUCGGUAAUAAAUACACAUUAGCGACUUAAGCCUGUUUUUAUGUGCCUACAAUGCCCGUACUUAUCAGUUAGACCCAAUUUUAUCAAAAAUAGUUUUUAUUUCUUUGGUCAAUUUGUAAAUACAUAAUGUGUUACUUGUUACAA